UUCAGGAGAGAGACCUGAUUGGACAAUGGUGGUGUCACUCCAUCCCCGAGGGCAGCGUGAGGGAAGGCGAAGGAAAGCAACAUGGAGGAGGAGGAGGAACGAGGCAACUUGGCUGGGGUCCAGCACAUAAUCCUGGUGCUGUCAGGGAAAGGGGGUGUUGGAAAGAGCACCAUCUCCACUGAACUGGCUUUGGCUUUCAAGCACGCUGGGAAAAAGGUCGGGAUCCUCGAUGUGGACCUGUGCGGCCCCAGCAUCCCUCGCAUGCUCAGCUUGCAGGACCGAGAUGUUCACCAGUGCGACAGUGGCUGGGUGCCAGUCUUUGUGGACCAGGACAAAAGCAUUGCUGUCAUGUCCAUCGGCUUCCUCCUAGAGAAACCAGAUGACGCCGUGGUGUGGAGAGGACCAAAGAAAAACGCUUUAAUAAGGCAAUUCAUCGCUGACGUUACCUGGGGAGAACUCGACUUCUUGAUUGUGGACACGCCCCCUGGGACUUCCGAUGAGCACAUCUCCACAGUAGAAUCCCUGCGGCCUUUUAAACCUCUUGGGGCAGUUUUGGUGACCACACCUCAGGCAGUGGCAGUGGGAGACGUAAGGCGAGAACUGACAUUCUGCAAGAAAACCGGUCUGCGCGUCCUCGGGAUUGUGGAGAACAUGAGCGGCUUUGUUUGUCCCCAUUGCUCGGAAUGCACAAAUAUUUUUUCCAAAGGAGGUGGAGAAGAACUGGCCAAACAUGCAGGUGUCCCAUUCCUAGGCUGCGUCCCUCUGGAUCCACAGCUUACCCAAAGUUUGGAAGAAGGCAGAGACUUUCUCCAGGAAUUUCCCAAGAGUUUAGCCUUCUCGGCAUUGACUGAUAUUGCCAAGCAUCUUCUGGCUGAGGCCUCCACCUGUAGCUCCUGAGGCAGCAACCAAGAGUGGCGCUCCUAACGGCCAACGUCUCCUCGUUGCUCAAGCAGAAGUGAAUGAAUCUGACCAGGAAGUGGGAAGACAUCUUUGGAGAGCAACAUUCUGCAGCACCAGACUUCAGUGGAGCAAAUCAUGAUCCCUGAUAUGGGUGUUGGUGCAUUCUUCCCCUGGCAAACGAGGGACCCACUGGGUGCUUUGGAGUGAUCUAUCCUGCAGUUAAUUUUGUCAGCCCUUGAAAUUUGUUUAAUUUCACCCAUCCUGGUUCAACGUGGUACUGUUUUACACAUGAGAAAAUAGCAUUGUUUGCAUACAUGUUUCUGAGAGAGAGAAACAGAGAGACACAGAGACCGACAAAACUGUGGGUGCUUACAUUCUGCAUCUCAUCCUCUGCUACCAUCCAUUGAACCCUUUUCAGUUGGCGCAUGUCAGUGAAUGAUCAGUGAAACUCAAAAGCUGGCAUUCUCUUUUGCUGUGCAGAAUUGAUCAUGACUCAGGAUUUUUUUUUCUUUAAUAACUGAAUUAUCGAUUAAAUUGUUUUCAACAGCAAUCAAA